AUGGCAAUGAAGAAACAGAGCAGAGGCCGUCAGAAGAUCGAGAUCAAAAGAAUCCAGAACGAAGAUGCUCGCCAGGUGGAAGAGGAGAAGAGGAAGAAGGCUAAGCUCGAUUGUGUGGUGAGGAACGGUCAGGAUCUGUUCUGGUGGGAAUCACCGAUCGAGAAUAUGAGAUUGGAUGAGCUGGAGCAAUUUGGAGCGUCGAUGGAGGAACUGAGGAAGAAGGUGCGUAAACGGGCGGAUGAGAUGUUGGUGGAAGCGUCUUCUUCAACUGCGUUCCUGGGUAUGAAUUCUGUUGGUGUGGUCGAUCCUUUCAUGGUCGAGGCUCCAACGGUCAUCACACGGAGUUUCGGUUUCGGGCGUGGGUUGUUCUGA